AUGCAUACCCUUCUGCUUCAAUCGUUGUUUCCCUUGCUCUUGAUCACUUCCUUUCUUUCGAUCAACGUUGAGUUAAGUCUAUGCCAGGACAACGAACAAUAUACAAACUGCAGCGAAGCUAUUAACUGCGGUGGCAUCGGAGGCAUCUCAUACCCCUUUUGGGGAGUAAACCGGGCUAAUUACUGUGGUCUGCCGGGGUUCGAGGUCAAAUGCCUAGAGAAUGCCCCCAUGAUCAACAUGUCGAAUAUCAACUACAGAAUUCUUAAAACGGACUCUAGUGCUCCCUCUGUUACAGUUGCUAGGCAGGACUAUUGGGGAACUAUCUGUCCUCAGACUUACGUCAACACCAGCAUCAACUUCUCUCUGUUUAAUUAUCCUUCUGGGCUUACAAACCUGACCUUUUACUACGCGUGCAAUUCAACUGUCCCGGGGCUGGAGGUUAACUUUACUUCCCAAGUUUGCAGUACGAACAACGGUGACAUUGCUGUUUGGUCUUUCACCCGGAGUCUCCCAGUUGAUGUAGCUGCUCUUGCUACCCGCGCCUGUACAGCUGGGGUCAGUGUUCCGGUUUUUACUACAGCUGCUCUGGCUCUAGAGGCCAAUCGAACAACUAUCCAGGAAGUCGUAGAUGAGGGCUUUGAAUUGGGAUUGGAGAUUGAUAAUGUUGAAUGCAACAGUUGUGUGGAAUCAGGAGGGAAGUGUGGGCAUAACGCUACUGGUGGAUUCAGUUGCUUUUGCCUGGAUCAGGCCUAUGCAGCCGAAUGUAAUGCAACUGCACCCAGAGCACAAGGAAAAAAGAAGGAUAUCGCAAUGGGUUUGGCUACUGGAUUUUACGUGAUGGUAAUCAUUCUUUGUAGUAUAUGCAUAUGGUGGAAGCGAAAUGUCCGAAAAUCGCUCCCGCACAUAUCAAGCGAAAGAAUGGUCUCAUUCGUCCAGAAAGAUAAGAGGGAUGAGUUUGAUGUUGAGGCAUUUAUAAGGAACUAUGGAUCGCUUACUCCAAAGCGGUAUACCUAUGAAAAUGUCAAGAAAAUGACAGACUCUUUCAGAGACAAAAUAGGUAAAGGUGGAUAUGGAACUGUGUACAAAGGCAGGCUACCUGAUGGGCUUCUGGUGGCGGUCAAAGUCCUAAGCGAGUCCAACGGUAAUGGAGGAGAAGAUUUUAUUAAUGAAGUUGCUAGCAUUGGUAGAACCUCCCAUGUCAACAUAGUCACUCUUUCUGGAUUCUGUUAUGAGGGGGACAAUCGAGCUUUGAUUUAUGAAUACAUGCCUAAUGGAUCUCUGGAUAAAUUCAUACAUAAGCACGGAUCUGGAAUGGCAAAUUUUCGCUUAGAAUGGAAAACACUAUCUGAAAUUGCAGUUGGUAUUGCGCGAGGACUAGAAUACCUACACCGUGGAUGUAACACAAGAAUUUUGCAUUUUGACAUAAAACCACAGAACAUUCUUCUCGACAAAGAUUUUCGCCCAAAAAUCUCUGAUUUUGGCCUUGCCAAAUUAUGUAAAACGAAGGACAGUAUUGUAUCGAUGAAUGGGGCAAGAGGAACUGCAGGAUACAUUGCACCAGAAGUGUUUAGCCGGAACUUUGGUGGAGUAUCUCACAAAUCUGAUGUUUACAGCUACGGUAUAUCUAGAGCUAGAAAGGAUGAAAAUGCAUUUGGGGCAAUCACAGAGGAGGAAAAAGAAAUAGCAAGAAAGAUGGUAUUAAUAAGUCUGUGGUGCAUUCAGACCAUUCCUUCUGAUCGGCCAUCAAUGAGCAAAGUUGUAGAGAUGUUGGAAGGACCCCUUCAUUCCUUGCGAAUUGCACCCAAACCUUUCUUGUUUUCUCCUACAAUAGCUGCAGAAGACUGUAUGACUACAACCAGUGGCGGAUCCACCAUGAGGUCAAUAGCUGCAGAGGAUUGUAUGACUACAACCAGUGGCGGAUCCACCAUGGGGUCAAUGGUGUCAGACGGCCCCAUGGCAGCCCUGGAAAUGGCUUUGAGGUCCCAUGUUGGCCUUGGCAGCCAUGGGAGACGACCCCAUGGAGAAGAAGACAUGCAAGCUGUGAGGGAGAAGAUAGAGGGAGGAAGAAAAGGGAAAGAGAGGGAGGAAGAAGAAGAAGACAAUGACUGA